AUGAAGAUUGCUAUUUUUGCCAUGUUGUUGGUAGCAUUUACUUGCUUAUCAGCUGUAAACUCAACAUUCAUUGUUGGAACCUGUGAUUCCAGUAAGUGUGGUUUCGGUCAAGUCUGCAUCUGUGAGGGUGGUGUCAAUCACUGUGUAUUGUUGGAUCAAUGCGAUGAGGUUGCUGUAGUGCAAACCAUUGAACACAGUUGGGUUGAGAACGGUCAAUCAUUCACUUUGUACCGUGUACAUGUCUUCAACUAUGGACCAAGAACCUUGAAGAAUAUUGCCAUUCAAACCGAUUGUACCUUGGAUCCACGUGACCAAAGCUCAGUAUGGAACGUUGUUUACAACAAUGGAUUCUUCUCCCUCCCAUCCUAUGGUCAAGGUAUUGCCACUGGUAAAGAGUUUGUCUUUGGAUACAUUGACCGUGGUAUGCGUUCACCAAACUUAUUCAUCCGUGCCCUCCAAUAUUAA